AGUCUUAUGUUUUUCAAUCAAGUACCUUGCUUUGCCUCUAUGAUUUAUAAUCAAUUUUUGGGUACCACGUAGAAAUGAUAAUUAGUAAAAGACUUCGUUAACGCAGUGGAGAGCUGGUGAUACUGGGAGUUCACAAGUUCAACUCCUGCCUUGGAUAACGCAAAGGGCUUAGUUGUGUCGUCAAGACAAUUGUCAGUAGUCAGGUGAGGACUAGUUUGGUUGCUCUUAUCAUCAUCAAUUUUUAGUCUUCACUUCUCUGUUUAAAGAUAAUCCCAACACCUUCACAGGUAGUUUUACUUGUAGUUGUUGCGGUGGUUGUCUUGUCCUUUCCUGUCGGGAUUUCCCAUCUUGCUUGCUUCUUCUAUAAAAAAGAGUCCCUGUCUCUCUGUUCGGGGUCUUCUGGAUAUCUUCUUCUCUUUUUGCAGCUUUCUUUUUAGAUCCAUUUUUGCCACUACUUGCCCCCACCCACCCACAUACAUAAUUGCUGUGCUGUGGCGCUGUUGGAUUCUUCAUUUUCUUAUUUGAAGACGAAAUUAUUCUACUUUAGCUCUUGCAGUUGGGGUCGCUGCUGUCAAGUUCGAUUUCUUUCCACUUUCUUGAUUUCUGUGGGUUUUGAAGAAUAGAUGGUUUUCAUUGGAGUCAUCUGCAUGCAAGCACUCAGCCACCUAUGGGCAUUUCUUUUACAUGACUAUUUUAUCAACAAGGCGACAAUAAUUUUCUUUUUUAAAUUUAACAACAUUAUCUCUUGAGGAAAAUGGCUGUGCAUUUUGCUUUUGAUCAACAUUAGCAUGGAGGGGCUAAGGUGGAUGGUUAAUUUGGUAAUCAAUUCACCUAUUCUUAUGUUGUGGUGCAAAGACUAGCUGAUGUAGAACAAGCAGAGGGAUUUGAAGGAAAACAUAAAAAUUUCAGAUGGAUAGGGAUUCACAAGGAACUUUACAUGAUGUGCCCACAUCCACUGUUCAUUUCCAUGUUAAUGGUGGUUUCGUAGUUGGCCAUUCUACCCUCCCAGCAGUAUGUGCUCUGUGCCAAAGAAUUAUAUUACCUGAUAAUGAUGAUCUUGAGAUUAUCAGUAUAUGUGGGGACUGUAGAUUUUUGUUGCUUGAAGAUCUUGAGAGGCCUACUCGAGACUCUCAUCAAAGGAGGCGUCACAGAGGAAGAAGAACCAGGUACAGCAGUGCUGAGUCGAGUGAAAACAUUUUCCCACAACAAUUUUCUCAUGUGAUUAAUUUGGCUAGGCAAAACCAGUCCACUGUUCAUGGGAAUGAGGAUCGCUCUAUAGAUGUUGAUUGUUCUGCUAGGUUGUUACAACAUACAAGCUCCCGCACGACUCCAAGUAGUUCUCGAAGAUGGCAGCAUCUUUCUUCAGAUUCUGGAAGUGAGGAUUUUGGUAAUGUGGAUUCACUUUAUGGGGAUAGUGAAAUUAAUUUCAGAUCCAGUAGGUACCGGGUUUUCCAUAGUGGGAGUGAUGCCAUUUUUUUUAGUGCAUAUGAGGGGGACUCUGAUGGUUCUGUGGACGGACAUAGUGUUUUGGACCCAGAAAUGUUUAUUCAAGCAGAUGAGGGAAGCAAUUUUGACAGUGAUACCGACAUCGAUCCAAUGCAUGCUGGUCUCCACCAAUGGAACUCUGAUGACCUGGAAGAGAAUGAGGAAGAAGAAGAGGAUGGUGAAUGGGAAGAGGCUGAUAUUGAGGAAGAUACAAUUGAAUCUGUAGAAGCAGGAGCUCGACUUCAAAAUCUGUUUGUUUCAAGUCCUAGUGAAGUUAAUGGCCCUGUUAGAUGGCACAUGCAGUCCCAUUCACCAGAAUUUGAGGGCCUGAAUCGCCAGAGAACCAGGCAAAGUAGACAAGCACAUAACCAUGACUUUGCUAACUUGGAAGAAUUGGAAUUACCGCAGCGCAUAUGGAAUUAUGAGUUGGCAGAUUAUGCGACAGGCUUCGGGGAUUUGCUUGAAGUUCUUACUCAUUCUGACAUUGGAAGGAGAGGAGCACCUCCUGCAGCUCUGUCUUUUGUGAAUAAUCUACCACUUGUGAUCAUCAAUGGGGAACAUGAUAGGCAUGAUGGUGUAGCUUGUGCAAUCUGCAAGGAGCUUUUGCCAAUCGGCACAGAAGUUAACCAGCUUCCAUGCCUUCACCUAUAUCACCCUUACUGUAUAUUGCCAUGGCUGAGUGCACGAAAUUCAUGUCCUCUCUGCAGGUACGAAUUUCCAACUGAUGAUAAAGACUAUGAGGAGGGUAAGCAAAACUCAAGUACCAGAAUGGGGAUCCAUGAUGUUCAGCAGCAGGAAGCUGGUGAGGACAGUUCCUCUGAUGUCUCAGAUGGACCUCUUGAACAUGGUCAAACCGGAAGGGAACUCCUAGAUGUGGGCCUGCCCUUAAGUACUUCUGGCAGAGAGGGCAGUAGAAAGAGAUGGUUUCUGCUUGCUGCUGCUCCCCUUGUUAGCCUUUUGGGUAUUGUCCUUGUGAUGUGGCGGGACAAUCCUCAAGGAAGGCGGGCAAAUAGUUAUGGCAACUUCCCUGAGCGAGGCUUGGAUCAGAUUCAAGUUUCUGGCCCGUCCCAGCCCAACCAAAAGGUCAAUGAGAGGAGAAGGUGGUGGUUUUUUUCCUGAGGUUUGGUUGAGGUCGUGCUGAUGGCUUUCCAUGCCUAAUUGAAGGUGUUUAGUAGGAGUGAGAUUCAUUCCCGCAUUGAUUGAUUCUAAAGUGAUGUGCAUGCGAUUCUGGAAGUCCGGUGAUGAUUUGAUCUUUUUGGUUGAUACUUGGGACCAUGCGAUACCAUUCCACUGAAUUUAUUGCUCAAAAAUCCAAAACGAGGGCCUCACGCAGCUACAUUUGUUCGUGAUUGGAUGUCCUUUCCUCGUGUUCAUUUCGUUUAGGGUUGGCGCAAGUGUUCGCAUCGGGCAAGAUUUUUCAUGUUUUUUUGCUUAUCAAAAUUUUUAUUUUCGUUUGGCGUGGCAUAAACGAAGAAUGGGAGAAAUCAGCCUGAGCUGCUGAGCGUCCUUUCUUUCCAACAAAAACCCGUGUCUUGUUUUCUGUCUCAAAAGCAGACUCUUUCUCGUGGUUCAAGGCAUGCUGACAUAAGUUUCUGCUUCAAGUGAGUUGGGAGUGAUUCACUUUUUACCUCUUUUUGUACGAGGAGUCCAACCUUGAAUGAGAAAACACGCCAUAUAUUUUUGUUUCUGAUUAUUUCAUAAACUUUAUAUACCGUUUGUUUUUGCACACACUGUGUCUGUGCAUUUUAAAUGUGUGCCUCUUAAAAUU